AGAGGUUACUCACUACCAGGUAUUUCCAUGUUUCAAGGAACGAUUAGGUAAAAUACCAUAAAGGAUUCUAUAUAGAGGGGAAAUAUUUUUCAUCGUGCAGAGAAUGAUAGGAAGAAGGAGUUUAGUUGUGGCCAUUGCCAUGUUGUCUACCUUCGUCCACGUUGCAUAUGCACAAGGCCAUUGUGCAGAAACAGAUUUACGCAUACUAGGUUUGAGUAAAGACUCAGUAACUGAGGAAUCUCUAAAGAAGCUAGGGAUAACUCGCUAUGUGGUAAAAUCAUGGGUAAGAUGGAGGCCCAUUUUGUUUCCUAACAAUCCAAGAUUGCUCAUGGCCAAUAUUUUCAAAGACCUUCUUCAUGAAGGCAUAGAGCCAUUUAAUCCCAAUUGUUUAGUUUGUUUGAUUAAACAGGCACAAUGUGUAGAUACUACUUGUCAUGCUAGCUGUAACUUAAGCGAGUAUAGCGUAGAGUGCCUUCAUUGCAUUGAUAAAUUCUGUUAUGAGGACGUCGUAGAUUGUGUAGGUGCAGAAAUGAUACGCAUGAUAGAACAUAAAGAUGUGUUUCAAAAUGACUUCCUUCGAUAUGAUAUACGGACAAGGAAUUGAUAAUAAUUAACUCUCCCUAUAUCAUAGUCUUCGGCGUCUAAGUUGUAUUUGAUCACACAUUAAUACUGGAAUGCCUUAAGUAAUAAAUCAUUAGUUAAGAAUUAAGAUGCUGAUUCGUAUUGUGCAGAACCCAUGUGAUGCUUUCAAGAUUAGUGAUAUCAAUAUCUCUGACCUCUUACAUUCUGAAGUAUAUUUUAUGAAUCGGCAUAACUUUACUUAUUUUGUUAUGUUAUAUCUACUACAACUUGAUAUAGAAGCCUCACAUACAUCAUAAUUUUCAUUGAUUGUAAGACAAUAUCAAUAAUGACCAUGAAUUUUCAUUUAUCAAGAUGCAAGACAACCUGCUUCUCCUUCAGUUAAUGGUUCAAGCAUAUGUGCCACUUAAUUAAUAGCAUUGUCUUUAUCUACAGUGAUAAGAGCGUUUUGCCGUU